CAAAAUAUGGAUAUAGAAUUUUAAUAAUCUCCUGUGUUAAAUAAUGGAGAGGAGAAGAAAAAAUCUAAUUAUGUUCACAUACCAGUUUAUGAUGUAAAACCAAUCAAGAAUUACCCUAAUUCUGCUUAAUAAGUUGAAUCAGAUGAAUAAACAGUUUAAAUAGAUGAACGAUGGUAUGCUAAGAAUGAAAAUUAUAAGCCAUUAACGGCAGAUGAAAGACCUGGUUUCAUACGAAAAGUAUUGAUUAAUAUAAUAAGGUUUAUACUAUUAUGAUACUACAAUUAAUAUUGACAGUUGUGGCCUGUUGCUUUUCAUAUUUUUGUAUCCCAUAUCGUGAUUUUCAAAAUGAGUAUUCAGGUUGGGUUUAUUUGGCAAUAGCAAUAGCAAUAAUAAUUGAAUUGAUAUUAUUGUGGAUACCAAAAUAUUCCUGGAGAGUUCCUCAUAAUUACAUAUUUCUCUUGGUUUUCACACUGGCUGAAAGUUACAUCAUUUCUCAACUUUGUAGUUAUGUUUUCAACAAAUAUAGUGAAGAAGGAGGUAUACUGAAACAAUAAUUAGGAUUCAUUGUAUUAAUGGCUGCUGCCCUUACUUUAGCUGCUGUGAUAGGCCUUACUGUUUAUGCAUGCAAAACCAAAAAAGAUUUUACCACCAAAGGUAUUUAAUCAACACAACCUAAUUAAAGGGGCAUUCUUAUUUAUGGCAAGUACUUCUUUAUUUCUUUUUGCUAUAUUGUCUGGUGUCUAUUAUGAUCAAGCCAUGAGUUUACUUUAUUCAUUGAUUUCGAGCCUGCUAUUUGGAGUUUAUUUAAUAUAUGAUACUCAAUUAAUUAUAGGAGGAAGUGUAAUCCAUUUAUUUUCAUGUAGACCCAUAAAUUAUCGAUUGAUGACUAUAUCAUUGGAGCUAUGUUCAUUUACAUAGACAUAAUCUAUUUGUUUGCUCACAUAGUUUUAAUUAUUAUUGCAUGUUUCAGAUGA